GUCGACACCAUGCUUGCACACACUCUUCGCCCUGCGCGCCUCCUCCCGACUCUCCGCCAGACGGUUCGCCACGCCUCGGUCGGCGGUUCUUCGCAGACGCCCAUCCAGGACGACAAGCGCGACUUGCAGAACAAGGCGCGGGAGCACUCGAACACGCUCGUCUUUGGCGGACUCGCAGCGGUGGGAGCGACGGCGGUGUGGUGGAUGAUGGCCGACACGAGCGACCCGGCCAAACCGACGCUUAAGCAGACAGCGGGCGAGAACCGCCAGCCAGCCGGCCAGUACCCGCCGCCGGACAAGGCCAAGCUGUAGACAGAGAGCGCGACUGAAAGAACGAUGCAGUACCCUCGCACCCCGUCCUGCCG